CUCGGGCGGGUCCUGGAGGCUGCCGAGACGGGCGACGAGAACGUCCUCGCGGUGGCGCUCCCGGCGCUCUCGGUGAGCGUGGACACGACGGGGCCCGACGGCGACACCGCGCUGCACCUCGCGUCGCUGUACGGGCACGCGCGGUGCGUGGAGAUGAUCCUCGCCGCGGGCGCGAGCGUGACGGUGAGGGACGCGGACGGGGGAACCCCGCUGCACGACGCGUCCGCGGGGGGAUUCGAACCAAUCACGCCGCUGCACAUGGCCGCCAGGGGGGGGUACCCGAACGUCGUGCGUGCGCUGCUGAGCGCGGGCGCGAGGCCGGACGUGAAGUCGGACGCGGGUUUAUACCCGUGGAACUACGCCGACGAGGGAUCCGAGCUCGAGGCGAUGCUC